AUCACAUAAUAUUCGAUUUCUCUAGAGAGCGUUUCCGUGAUUUGUUGCUUUUCCAUCUCAAUUCGCUCUUAAACGCCGGGAUAGGGCUAAACCCCAACCCAAUCAGCCUCCCAAACUCGCCGCCGACCCCGCGACGGCGAGGGCCAACCUUCGACCACGGUCGAGAAAACUCUCUCUCUUCUCUUUCUCUCUCUCUCUAUCGACCAUUGAGAUUCGACCCACCACAGCGGCAGCCGCCAAGCUCCCAACUUGGCCCCUACCCUCGUCCCCAUCCGAGCUCCAACGGCGGCCCUCCCUCUCUUCAAUGUCUAGACGGAGGCGGCGGGGUCGCACCAGCUUCGCUCCUCAAUGACCCUCUCUCUCAAAGCUUCAAGAGCUUUGGCCACCGCCCUCCCCGCUCCGCGCCCCCGCCGUCUCGACUUACGGCCGCCGUUCCCGCUCCGCUUCUCUUCCCAAAGCUGCCUGCCGUCGGUUCCCGAGGAGCCCAGUUCGGUUUCCGAAUCCCUGUACCGGGACUUGGUGUUGACCACGGUCGCCAGGAGGCCCCGGGCUUUCGCGAGCAAGAAGUGGGUGUCUGAUGAGUUUCGAGAGCUGGUUGUGAACCCCGGGUUGCUCGCCCGCGUCCUCAGCUCGAUUCGGGCGGAACCCAGGAUCGCUUUGCGCGUGUUCAGAUGGGUCGAGAUGCAGGACGGGUUCGUCCGGUCCGAGCUCUCGUUCUGUGCGGUUCUUGAGAUUUUGGCGGAGAACAAUUUGAUGCGGUCGGCGUACUGGGUCGUGGAUAAGGCGGUGAGUCUCGAUAUGAAUGGGAUGCUCGACGUUUUGGUCAGCGGGGGAGUGCGGUUCGAGGUGUUGGGGAAGGUUCUGGAUGUGCUGCUCUGGGUCUACACCAAGAAGUCGAUGAUUGGGCAUUGCCUAUCGACCUUCGAUGAAAUGUUGGGGAAAGGGAUCUUGCCGGACGUGAAGAACUGUAAUAGGAUUCUCCGGAUUCUUAGAGAUAAGAAGUUAGUAGUUAAAGCUCGAGUGGUCUAUAGGAUGAUGGAGGAGUUUGGGAUAAAGCCGACCAUCGUCACGUAUAAUACUUUGUUGGAUUCGUAUUGCAAGGAAGGAGAAAUGCAGCAGGCGCUGGAGCUCCUGGCAGAGAUGCAUAAGAGAGAGUGCUUCCCGAAUGAUGUUACUUACAAUGUGCUGAUAAAUGGGUUGUCCAAGAAUGGGGAGCUAGAUCAGGCCAAGGGACUGAUUGAGAAGAUGCUGAAGUUAGGAUUAGAGGUCUCGCCACACACUUAUAAUCCUUUAAUUUCUGGGUACUGCAGGAGGGGAUUUCUUGUUGAGGCUCUGGCUAUUGAGGAGGAGAUGGAAGUUAGAGGGGCAUCUCCUACAGUGCCGACUUACAAUGCCGUGAUGUAUGGUCUCUGUAAAUGUGGGAAGAUGGUUGAUGCUAGACGGCUAUUCACAGAGAUGGUCAAGAGGAAUCUGCAUCCGGACGUGGUUUCUUACAACACUCUUAUAUAUGGGUAUUGUAGAUUGGGGAAUAUGAAAGAGGCCUUGCUCUUGUUUGAGGAGCUACAACAUCAUGAUGCUGUUCCUAAUACCAUCACUUACAAUACCCUUAUAGAUGGCGCUUGCAGGAACGGCGACUUGGAAUUAGCUCAACACUUGAAAGAUGAGAUGAUUAAUCGAGGGGUUCAUCCUGAUGUUUAUACUUAUACCAUCCUGGCUAAUGGAUCCUGUAAGUUGGGAGAUUUAUGUUUGGCUGAAAGCUUCUUCAAUGAAAUGUUGUGCAAAGGAUUGGAGCCUGAUCGUAUCUCGUACUCAACUCAUAUAGUUAGUCAGCUCAAGCUAGGUGGACCUGGUAAGGUGUUUGGUCUGCAAGAAGAAAUGCGCGCAAAGGGUUUCCCUCCUGAUUUGAUCACUUACAAUAUAUUUGUGCAUGGGCUUGCUAAAUUAGGCAACCUAGAAGAAGCAUGUGACCUAUUGCAAAAUAUGGUUCGCAAUGGUAUUAUGCCGGAUCAUGUAACUUACACGAGCAUAAUCCAUGCUUUCGCGGAGAUGGGCCAGCUCAGAAAAGCAAGGGAGCUAUUCUAUGAGAUGCGGAGCAAAGGAUUAGCACCUUCAGUUGUGACGUACACGGUGUUGAUCCAUGCCCAUGCCGGCGAGGGUAGGCUAGAGAUGGCUGUUACUUACUUCUUGGAGAUGCAAGAGAAGAAUAUUACCCCUAAUGUGAUCACCUACAAUGCUUUGAUCAAUGGUUUUUGCAGAGUGAGGAAGAUUGGUCGGGCUUACGAAAUUUUUGCCCUAAUGGAGAUGAGAGGAAUCAUUCCCAACAAGUAUAGCUAUACCAUAUUAAUAAAUGAAAACUGCAAUAGGGGAAAUUGGCAAGAAACACUGAGGCUAUACAUAGAAAUGUUGAGUAGAGAUGUGCAGCCUGAUUUUGUCACCCACAGUGCUUUGAUGAAGCAUUUGAACCAAGACUGUAAUCUGCAUGCAGUUCAAUUGCUGGAGGAUCUGAUUACAGAUAGUGAAGAAUUUGCUUAUGCAAUGACCUGACGUUCUAUGCAGCAUCUUGAAUCUGAAGGCCUUAUAAGCUGCAGAAGUGCUACUUCUUAAGCUUGCCUCUUUGUUAAAAUCAAAGUGGUUUCAACCAUGCAUGAAAUCCCCGACCAGUUCCACAAGUGGAACUUCUAACACAUCGAGGUCAGAGAUUAAACCUGCUGGUAUGGUUGUAUAUACAAGAUUUUUUCCCCCUUUGUGGGCAUAAAUAAUCUAUAAGUGACCAGUUUUUGAGACUACCUUCCAGUUUCAGUCAGAGACUAAAUUGUGAUAUAACGGCAAUACUGAGCAUAAGCAGCAGCAGCAAUGGACAAUGUUGUCGAGAAAGACUCGUCAGUGAGGGACUGAUCUAUUGAUACAUCCUCGUCGUCCUCGGAAUCAACGGCCACCUUCAUAUUCUCAAUCUCCUGUGCGAUCUCUGCCAGCUCGGGACGCUUAUCUGGUGACUUUUCACAACACCGGAUUGCAAUCUGCAGCAACUGGAGCAUCCUGUGGGCAGCACUUCGCUGCACUGAUAUCUCAGGGUCAAAGAUCUCAGCAGUCCAUUCCUCUCUCACUGCCCUGUGCACCCAGCUGCAGAGAUCCAUGCCUUUGACUCCUGGUGGGGCCGCAUGGGUGCAGACUCGGCCACUGAGUAGUUCGAGAAGCAGACAACCGUAGCUCCAGACGUCAGUCUUUGAGGAGAUCCUUCGUGUGGUUUGGCAUUCAGGGGAUUUGAAGCAGACCAUGGAUUGUGCGGCAAUGGGGUGAGCGAUGAGCGAGGAGAGGCCAUAGUCAGAGACAAGGAUGACGUCGUUUUGAUUGAGGAGGACAUUGGUCGAUUUCAGGUUUCCAUGUGGAAUGAUGAUGUUUGUUCUUGAGUUGGAGUUGACAUGGAGGUACUGUAGGGCACGAGCCACGCCUUGAGCAGCUGAUAGUCUGGAGUUCCACCUGAACGGGACCCGCUCUUUGCUUCCCCUUCCUCCUAUUGUAGUGGUUUUAUGAGAUAUAAAUCACAAUAUAAGCACAGAGUGCCUCAAAGUACCAUAUUUAUGCAAAUAAAUUAUUAGAACUUCUAUAUUUUUCUAGUUAUUGAAGAGUGAGUGAGAUUAUGACAACCCCUGUAAAAGAUAAAAAUUUGAGCAUGAAGAAGUCUUAUAAAAUGGAAAGGGAAUAAAUAGUAAUGGAUGGUGCGAAUCAGUGUGUAUUAACAUUUCUAAUCCUGUAUAGAAAGGGCUAAUUCAACUGGACCAGUUUGUUUCAUUUCUUCUUUUGAUUAUGACCUGACUGAUCAAGAGCCGGCGAAGUUUGAUGUUGACCCCUUGUUGAACUGGUCAAUUGAAUCUUUGACUUUUGAAAAGUUGAGAAUUAUUUGCAGUAACAUCCCGUGAUCUCUGGGAUGUGCAAUGAGCGUGUUGGCCAUCUGAGCUAAGGCAUUCACUUUGGGCACGAUGCCUACUGUAUAUCUUAUACUAGUGAACUUUACAGCCUCUUUACCAGCGGAAUCAUCUAGUUGGUGCAUUUCCUACAGAAAGAUAAGGACUUACUAUUUCGUUUGUGUUUAAUUUGCUUGCAUAAUCAUUGAUGCGUGAUUUUCAGAAGCGAUAGCUGAUAAGGAAGGCUUAAUGCUUGCUAAAGAUGGGGGAUUGCCAAAAAUUAGUUGUUGAAAACAACUCAGAACUGGUGUUCAAGCUGCUUUGAAGGCCACUGCAUGGAACUGAUUGGCAGCUGGAACCAGUGGCUAAUGAUAUAUGAUCUACACAGCAGCUUUCAGCGGUAGGAUGUGCUUGUUUUCCUUACUUUUUUGUUAAUAUUUAUAGAAAAUUACAUAUUUUAAGUAUGUCAAUAGGUUCCAUACCUCUAGAAGUUAACUAGCUUUGUGGGACAUGGUAUGCUGGGUUCUACGUUAUCUUAUUACUUCCUCAUGUUUCUAAUUACCAAUAAAGAGAAUGUCUAAUGACUUGUGGGAGGGAAAUCCUAAGGUUAAUACUCAGGUCAUAGUAAAUAGUGUUGUUCCUGGUCAUGGAUGUGCUUUCCGGGACACUAUUGAUUUGGUUUGAAAGCCAUAAGAGAGAGAGAGAGAGAGAGAGAGCUCACCGUGAAUGCGGUUGAACAAGUUGCCUUUCUCUGCAUAUUGGUAGAUCAACAGCUUCUCUUGCUUAGAGAAGAAGUAGGCGAGAGGAGAGAUCAGAUUCGGGUGUUUCUGAUUGGUAAGCAACUGCAAUUGCCUUGUGAACUCCUCGCUGGUCAUCGGCUUCAGAUUCUUCAUCCUUUUUACUACAAGGGCUUGCCCGUUAUCCAAGAUCGCCUUGUAAGUGUUACCAAAGAUGCCUUUCCCAAGUCCCUCUGCAGAUGCCUUCAAAAGAUGACUCAAUUCGAACCCUCCACUGUUUUCCAAGAAUAUAAGCUUCCCUCUAUCUUCUCCUCUCUCAACAACUCUGCUGCUCUCAACUGCCUCGCUUCUCUCUUCUUUCUCCUCUGCUUCUUCGUCUCGUCUAUUCUCUUGGUUCAUAAUUUCUUUGAGCUUCUUGACCUUCUUAUUGUACAAGAUGAACAGCAAGAUCACAGCAAGUAGAGCCACCACGUCGAACAGCAGAAAAAGAAUAAGAAAGACAUUAAUGGAAGAACCCUUGCCUUUUCCAGUAUCAGGAUGUGCAUUUUCAGAAGAAUUGGAAGACGACGGGCCAUCGCUCACUGAGUUGAGGGUGCUAGAGUUUUCACAGGAGUGAGAUGUGGGUGGUCCGCAUAGUCCCGGGUUGCCUGAGAAUGAAUCCAAGCUGAAUGAUUGAACAACUUGCGUCAAUGGGAUCUGCCCACUUAAAUUAUUGUUUGACACAUUGAAGGAGAUCAAGGUAGAUUGAUUGAACUCUGGGAUUUUCCCUGUCAGGUUGUUGUUCUGGAGCCAUAACGAUGCUAAUGAAGCUAGACUCAGGAGCGACUCUGAGAUUGGACCGUGGAACUCGUUCCCCGAGAGGUCGAUUUGGGCCAACUUCCCAUUCCCUGAAAAAUUCAUUAUAUUUCCUCGAAGGGCAUUGUUCUUGAAGCUCAGGAUGGACAGCUCGGAGAAGUAAAGGAGGGCAUUGAAUCUGAUCAGCCCCUUCAGUCCCAUACCUUCCAGUGCUAUUCCUGUGACACGGCCAUUGUUGCACUGAAUGCCGUACCAUCUUGGUGGAUCGUUCAUAUAGCAAUGUAUGCCGGUCCAGUUACUGUUCAAGAAGGGGUUGUUGAAAAUAUUUCUCAGAACAUAAAGAGCAACUCUCUCAUCUUCAUCGUAACCUAGCGAAUGAGCACUUGUGGUGAUCCCAUGGGUUAGCAGCGAGAGGAAUAAGGCUAGGAAUAAUUUUCUGGGCGACUUUGUAGAACCCAUGAUGCUGGACAUCAGAAGGUGGCUGGGCGUGUUUAGUGUAGUGGAAAUUGCUUAUAGAUAUGCUUGGAUGCUCGAUCAAAUCGCGGAUAUACUCUUAGGUAAACCAUGCCACAACUAUACCAGGCUUUGUUCGAAGAUGGAACAAGACAGUUUUGUUGCAUCUGUCCUGGAACUUCGCAGCUGAAGAUUCCUAGGGAGGCUGCCUUCACAUUGUACCUCAUUGAACUGCUAAAUUUUAUGGGAUAUUCCCUCGGUUAUGACCACCUAAUAAUUAUUUGCUA